AUGGAAGCUAUAGAAGCCAAUGCGGCGGACCCCAAGCCGAAGAAGAAGCGCGUCUCUCGGCCUCAGCCGAAGCUGAACGCCGACCGUCUGUGCGGCCCGCGCGGCAUCGGCAUCAUGGAGCAGACCUUCUCGGACCUGGCGUUCGCCGGCCGCGGCCACGAGCGGCGCGACCUCGCUCUGCUCAUGGGCCGCAUGCAGCACUGGGCGCAUCGGCUCUUCCCCAGGAGGCCGUUCGACCAGACCAUAGAGCAGAUAGAGAAGCUGGGCAAGGGCAGGCAGGUCAAGGUGAACGUGAGGAAGCUGCGGAUGGGUCUGAACGUGCUGCCGACGGAGGUGGACGGCGAGCGGGACGCGACCGAGCGCGGCGAGCCUGAGCGAGACGUGUUCGACGAGCUGAUCGGCGGCUCGCCGCCCGGCUCCCCGGCGCCGCCGCGCUCCCCGGCGCCGGCCGAGCGGCCGCCCUCGCCGCAGUCACAGCAGCACAUCGCCGCGAGCUCGCUGACUGAGGAGCAGAAGGAGAGGAUGCGGAAGAACCGGGAGGCGGCUCAGCUGCGCCGUAUGCGCGCCCAGUUCAGCCGCCAGCAGCAGUCUGAGCAGUCUGAGCAGUCUGAGCAGCAGUCUGAGCCGCAGUCUGAGCCGCAGUCUGAGUGGCAGACCCCGCCCCGGCCCGGCCGGCACUCGGCGCCGACCUCCCCCCAGUCGGCCUCCCCGCAGCGGUCGCAGCCGGUCGGCGGCCGCUCUCCGCCGGCCGGUGGGGACCCUCAGUGA